AUGGUCGAUAAAGGUAUUAUACGAGCACUUUGCUUGCAGCUUGGCUUUGUAUUGCGUCGACGAGGGUCUGUGAAGGAGGAGGUGUACGACAUUUGUACAGCAAUUUCAGUAUUCUAUAGAUUCUGUCCCGGACUAGUUUCCAGCGAAGAUUCGUUGCGGAGAGGAACGGAUUUGUUUUUCUUGCUGCCAGAAGCAUUUCAAAAGGGAGCUGUUCUUUCAGUGAUGUCCAUAUGGCACUCUAUAGCAUCGACUGAAGGGGGGACACGGACGUUACUCCAAAACCCCAAUGCACUUCUUGGUGCACGUGAUGUUGUGAAGAACCAAUUAGGUGGCACAGAUGGGGUCUUGGAGGCACUAGGAUUUCUCAAGAAUGUAACUUAUUUUUGUGAAGAGAAUCGGAAAUUGGUCAUUAGUCAGAGGGGUCUGUUGUCGGCGUUGACCAGGCUGCCAUUCAAUGAUACCAGCGAAAAAGUCAGAGACAAAGUAUCCUCCGUGUAUCGGAAUAUGGCACUCUCCUUGCACACAAGAGUAGCUCUGGCGAAGCGACCUGAUUUUUUGACAGCAUUGACAGCGCUGGCGAACAGUACAAGCGCGUCCACUGUGAAAAACAUGCUCAGUACAAUUGUCAGUCUAGCUUCUGACCCUGAUUCGUCGCUAUUGAUUGUUUUCCAUGGAGAAGGAAUCCUUGUCGAAAUAUUAAGGCGAUGCAUUAGUAAUGAAGAAGAUGUUACGGUUCGGAAACGAGCUGUGCGGGCAAUUCGGCUAUUGGCAACGGAGACUUCGGCUCCACUAAUGAUCCACGAUAACACGUUGAUGGAUGCUCUUUCCAAAAGAGCUCUACAUGACCAGAGCGCUGAAGUGCGAUCUGAAGCGGCAGAGGCGUUCGCAAAGUGCGCUUCACUAGUUACUGCUCCUAUGGCACAACACGAAGCAGUACUUGAUGCACUCACACACCUAUCUAGCAGUCCUCAUGCCAUUCCUUCUGAUGUAAUGGCAAGGGCCCUUAGAGAACAAGCCAAUCAUCCAGAGAACAGAAAAGCGCUGGCCAAGCGAGAAGCGCUCAUGGUUGUGAUGGGGCAAAUCGCAAUGUCAGACAAAACUUCGGUUGGUGCCAAAGAGAACAUUUGCUCAGUAUGGCUGCAGCUCUCCUUUGAGGAUCACAGCAUCCGGGAACUUAUAGCGACUCCGUUGACACUGGAAGCUUUAGUGCACAAUGCCACGAGCCACGGUAAUAGAAACCAUACCAUCCGCCAGGAUGCCAUAAAGGCCCUACUGAAUCUGGCAGCUGUUCCAUCAAACCGGGAAAGGAUGGUGAAGCAUGCUAGUCUGAUGAGAACACUGUUGCAUUAUGCUUCCACAACACGACAAGAAGAUUUGAAAACAGAAGUGAAGGCUGCAAUUAUGCACCUAGCACAAGAAUUAUAG